UUGCUACUCGCUGUUCCGUGAUUGGCUAGCUGUCACAACGAGCCCCGCCCUCCCCUCGUACUCCUAGGAAGAAGAUGAGUAACCCGCAGCCAGGACUGCUAAAUCAUGGCAACAUUUAUGGAACGAUUAUCUUUUCUUCAGAAAGUCCCUACUCUGAUGAAGGCUACGUCAGAUGAUGAAAACCCCUGUCCUGGCUACCUUUUCCAAGAGAUCGGAAAAAUCUCCCAUGAGUCUUCAGGUUGUGGUCAGUGUUUGUUGGAGUACCUUCUGGAGAGGCUGCAGGUGGAGUCCUGUCACGUCAAACUCAAGGUGCUGAAAAUCUUUGUCCACCUUUGCGGUCACGGCUCGAACCAUUUCCUCACAGAACUCCGAAGGAACUCCACCUUUAUCCAGCAAGCAUCAGUUUACAGCGGCCCUCCUGAUCCUAUCCAUGGUACAGCAUUGUACCAGAAAGUCAGAAAUACAGCGCAGGAAGUGGCCAGGUUGCUUUUCACGGAUACAUUUUCCACCAAAAGCGACGUCUCUCCGCUUGAGCUGGCUCCCCCAACAAUGGGUAUGGGCUCAGGAACCUCCCACAGGUCAGGAAUGCAGGGCUUUGGUUACAGUCCAGGGAAGCAGGGGACAGCCGGCAGUGACUCACUGCUGGAUAAGAUCCAGAAAGCUGCGGAGGUAGUGGCCAGCGCUGUCCUCCCCCCGACCGAACAGCAGGGCAUCCGUCUCCAUGACAACCACUACCGGGCCGUCGUUGCACCGUCUGCACCCAUAGAGGUGGCCGUGCCUGCGUGUGCUUAUAACCUGCCUGCUCGCAAACCAAAAGCGAUGACCCAGCGGUGCCCAGGACAGGUAGGAGGCGGCUGGGAAGAGACCGACAGCAGCAACAGCUCCUCUCACAACUCUUCUCAGGAACUUGCAGUUAACAGCAGGGCGUCUGUGGGGGGCAAAUCAGCCGGUACAGGGAGCCAAUCAGGGGCCAGCAGAGAGAGCAGUGGGGAUCUUUCAGAUCGGGUGGAGGCCUUGCAGUUAGGGGACUGUGGCCAGGAGAUGGCGCUCAUCAGCAGACUGACUGUAGGAUCCAGAGUUUUCCUAUCCAGAGAAGAGAGCCAGCACUUCAUCAAAGAGUGCUCCAUUCUCAACUGUGAGGUCGUGCUGGAGUUGCUCUCAAGCAAGCUUCAGGAUCCAUCUAACACUGUUAAAAUGCGGGCGCUGUGUGCUGUAUCAUGCCUCCUGACCUCUGACCUCCUCUCUCUGGAGCAAAUGUUUGGAGCUACACAGCGAAGGCUCCGCCAGCUGAGUGAGGGAGCUCCAGGACCUGUAGCCAACAAAGCCACCAAGAUCCUGCGACAGUUUGAGGCUCUGAUGGGUGGAUCUGCACAUGCUCCCCGGCAGGAUGCCGCCAACAGCAGCCACCAGGCAACAACUAAUCACCCUCCCACAUCUACAUACUUGAAUAAUUUACUACCAACACACUCUCCUGGCAACCUCAACCAUCAUCAGCCUGACAUCUCAAACACGCAAGGAAAUAACCCAUCAUCUUCUUCCAGUCUGGCCCAGACAGACUCUUCGGGGGAGCUGAUGAAUGAGGCUGAUGAUGAGAAACUUUCUCCCGUUCAGGUCGAGCCAGUCAGGACUGCUGGGGCUGAGUCGGUUGCUGAGGAAUCGGGGUCUUCCCCCUCACCUCAGGGCGAGCAGCCCUGUCUGAGCAGACUGUCCCUGUUCAGCGGUAUGCAGCUUGUGACCAAGGGGAGGCAUGUGUGUCAAAAGGAGACGUCCCAGACAGAGACAGAUGACAGUUUCAGGGAGGAUCCAGCUGUGCAGAACUGUAUCGGCAUCGCCAGUGAUGCUGCUCCUUCAGUUUGCAAUUCAGUUGCAUCUGAUAGCAGCCAACCAGUAUCAGCCUUCUCAUUUGUCAGCUUUUGACCAAUGUUUACAGCUGGAACUGUUAAAAGAGUUAAACCAAUGAUGUCAUCAUGUAUAUCCUCACAGAAAUCUAUUUAAUUUUAUAAGAUCAGAUCUGUUAGGUUAUAACAAUAUAUAAAGACAGCUGAUUCAUGUCAUGUUAGGGUUUUCUGUUUUUAUCUGUAUGGUGCCUCUGUAGAAGUUGUGUUCAAAGAGCUGACAGAGAUAACAAGAUUAUCAAUGAGUGCAAUCCACCUCAACUGCCAUAAGUGAGGGCUGGUGUGUAAGCUGUGUGGCUUGAAUUUCUCAGAAGUAUUUUACCAAGAAAGGUUGUCUUGAAUAACAGUUUGCUUUAUCUCAGGUUUUCCUUUUAGUUAUUCUUAGAGCCUCUGCAGCACGGCCAGAACCUCAAUUUGUAAUUUGCACUACAAAUGCUUGUCUUAUGGACUCUUAAAACUUACAAAUGAAAGUUGUCUUCCAUAUUUUUUUGGUACUUAUCAAUUAUGUCAACGUUAACGUUAUCCAAGUGUUAGUUUACAACUUAUUUAUUACGUCUAUCCUGCAUUGAUUAAAACAUACCUGAGAGAGUGGUGGCAGAGUGCAUGUCUAGAAUUACAAAAAAAAAAAAAACUGUUGGGAAGAAUUAAUUAAUAUUGAGAUGUUCUGUGUGCAUAAUCAAUGUGUGGAACUACGUGUGAUAAAACAUCUGAUAUCAGCGCAAUACAAAAUAUCUGCAAUUUCAUGGUUCAUUUCAACGGUUGCUCAAAUAAUUAAAAAGCAAAGCAGAUCACGUUCACUAUCUCACCAUUGUUAUUUCAGUUACUGUACUGUGGCAUUGAUCACUGUGGAAUGUGGUACAAACUACACGCCCAGAUGGUCACCCAACCUAAUGGAGCGUGCAACGAACACUACUGAUGUAUUUUGUUUCAGUGAACACGAGCUAUGCUGUUGCACAUGCUGAUGAACAAUAAAACAGUCUGUAUUUUUGCUACAGCACUUACUACUA